AUGGCGACUCCCGGGCUCAAUGAAGCACCCGUCAACUUGACUCAUUCACCUGUUCCAGACGAUGUAACCGAAACAGACAAACUCCUUGCAAGAUCAGAGGCCAGCGCCCUUUCGUUGGAGAAACAGUAUCGCGGAAUCAAGGAACAAAGUCGCGUUCUCAAGGAAAUCCAUCACAAGCUCACGAAAAACAAUCGCGGCCUGAAAGAAAGCAAUCGCAGCCUCAUGGAAAUCAACGGCAGACUCAUUAUAAUCAGUCGCAAACUCUUGAAGAACAAUCGUAGACUCAUGGAACGCAAUCAUAAACUAAGGGAGGAAAAUGCAUGCCUGAGACGUACACUCCGUCGAUUCAAAAAUGCGACAUGUGCAACACUGCCCAGAGAACGACAGGAAUACGAAGUUCGAAAGGUGAUUCGCAUGCAUCUGAUGAUGGACAAACUUAGCAAAUCCUUUUGCAAAAAUCACUAUCAACUCUAA